AUGCAGCAGGCCGCUCUGAAAGUCUCCCAGGGACGCCUGCUGUUCCUCUCAUGGAAUGCUGGAGGCUUGUCCCAGGCCCUGUGGCAGGAAUUCUUGCUGACACUUGAAAACAUGCCACCUGACGAACGACCCCAAAUCGUGUGUGUCCAAGAAACCCAUUGGACGGACAAGGUGGCGCCAACAUUUCCCACUGCUACCUGGGACGUGUACACCUCCCCAACCACAGACAACAAAUCUGCUGGGCUCCUGAUUCUUCUCAAUAAGAAUACCACCCGCAACUGCAGAAUUGUUUACGCCGACCCUCAACCGGGCAGGGUGCAACACUUGAGGAUACUCCACGACAAAUGGGCAGUUGACCUGCUGCACAUCUAUCAAAAGCCGCACAACUCUCAUCCACUCGCACUACAAUCCUCGAAAACCAUACGUUUAGCUGUCUGGGAGUGCAUUGGCAAGAUCCUGGCAGCUCUGCCUGCCCGAAACACAGUGAUCAUGCUUGGAGAUUUUAAUACUCAGAUCAAGCCGUGUGCUGCAGCCGGCACCAGGAUCUGUUCAGGCACCAGCACGAGCACACAUCCGCCAGAUCAGGCAAGGUUGCAGCACCUGGUAGAGGACUUUUCUCUCUUACACCUCAACUCGUGGUGCAAGGCGGCUGGCCCUACAUACCAUCACAACAAAGGUGCUAGCCUUAUCGAUCAUAUCAUCAUGCGUUCCAGCCAAGCGGAUGAUCGUGCUAGGCAGGCGAGACCACUCCGCCUGGGAUUGGCUGCCUGGAGACUUGGUGGGUAUCACCUGCCACUGAAGGCCAGCAUCCCGCUUCAGCGUUUCCACACCCUUAACAAAUCGGUGGCACCACAACGGGCGUGGGACCAUUGGGGCCUGAUUCAGGUUUGCCGCUCCACCUGGGACCCGAGAGUUCAAAGUCUACGCUCUGCUGUCCAGGCGUCCCUACCAGGGGUUCAGAAUCUUGGGCAAUUGCAUGACACCCUGAUCCACUGUGCCUCCCAAUUCUUCCCGCCACCCGCAGGACAGCAUCGACUGGCCCUAUGGCAAACACCGCCUAUGCAGGAUGGUAUUCGCUCCAUGUGGCAGGCCUACCGAGUCUGGAAGACAGCCAAAGCUCAAGCUCAGCAUAAUCCGCUCUAUGUUUCCAGGUGCUACCAUCACUUCAAGACGGCACAUAAGGCCUUUCGUCGUGCCGGGAAAGAAGCCAAAAAGCACUGGUUCCAUGGCAGGCUACAGGAACUUCAGACCGCUGCCAGCUCAGGCGACUCUCGCAAGCUAUAUGCUGGCAUCCGUACCUUAGCUCCCAAAUCCUCCAAGCCGAAGGUUCAACUGCGAGAUUCCGGCGGACAUCUGCAGGAUCCCAAGACCCAGCUAAAACAGUUGGAAACGCACUAUCGCAAACUGUAUGCUGCGGACGAGGAUGGCAGCAUACAGGGCCCCCAGCGACAGCCCAUACACAUUGAGGUCACGGAGGCCGAAAUGACCCUGGCGCUUUCGCAAUUGUCACCGCACAAAGCUACACCUCCGAACUUAGCCACAAACUCUCUAUGGAGGCUAACCUCGGACCUCGUUGCGCCUCUCUUGUGCCAAUGGUGCCGGCAAUGGCCUCAAAUACCAGAGCUUUGGAGAAGCGCAUGGUUGACUCUCGUUCCCAAGAUUCCGCGACCACUUUCACCAAAGAAUCUCAGACCUAUAGGGCUAACUGAAUCCAGUGGCCGUGCAUAUGCUUCCAUACUGCAGGCGAAAUUGCGCCCCUACGCCGAGAGAUUCCUUGCAGACCAGGCACAAUUUGCAUAUCUGCCAGGUCGCAAUGCUGCCCAGGCCAUACAUCGGGUCGCCGCACACUGCAAAUAUGUUCAGGAUCGCUGCUCGAUUUCAACACCUACGGUUGUUGAUCGUCACGCACAACAGCCGAAACCCUGCCCACACUUUGCAGGUGCACAACUGUCGCUGGACCUUUCCAGUGCUUUUGACCUCAUGGACUGGCGCCUGCUGGACAAGGCCUUACUAGCGUCCGAAGUUCCGGCCGAGCUCAGACACCAAAUCAUGUCCUGGCACUCUGAAAUCUCCUAUGUCCUUACUCACCUUGGGCACACUGCCAAGGUGGAGGCCCAAAGAGGACUUAGACAAGGGUGUAAACUGGCUCCGUUGCUCUGGACACUCGCUCUAGCACAGAUAUAUCGUGAGAUCCUUGCUGAGGGGGACCCGCUUCUCACAGCCCCUUGGCUAGAGCAAUGCUCCACGAUUUAUGCUGAUGAUAUACACCUCAAGGAUACUGUGCAGAACACUCGUGAGCUGGACGACAUGGUGUAUCGCUUUAGUAAGAUCCUCGAUGCCCUUGCGGCCCAUGGUAUGGUCAUCAACUCGGCCAAAUCAGCAUUGCUACUGAGACACAAGGGCAGUUUCAUCCGAGGCUGGCUGCGCCGACACCUCAUACCUAAACCCGAGGGGGAUCUCCUACGUUUUCGCAGUCCACAGGGAACAGUGUAUGAAAUUCCAUUGCGUGACCAUCACACGUACUUAGGCAUACGUAUCUCCUACCAUUCACAGGCCAAACAAGCAGUCACCUAUCGGCUGCAGGCUGCGAAUCAGGCCUGGCAAAGACUCCGUGGUGUACUGUGCUCCACCAGGCAUCUCGCUCAGACGCAUCGUCUCAGUCUAUGGAAAUCCACAGUGCUUCCCACACUGCUCUAUGGUAUCGCAGCAUCUAACCCAGGUGCCAAGGACAUACAGCGAAUGCAGCACAUGAUGACCAAGCAGGUUCGAGCCAUCACACGAUCCUUUGCACAUCUUCAGAAAGAAUCCACACAGGACCUUCUACACAGAUGCUCUUUGUUCACCAUUUUGGAGCACCUGCAGAGGGAAGCCGCUGCCUUGCAUCGUAGCCUGACUCGCCUGAGCACUGAAACGAGCUUCGUGACCCAAGCCCAGGUGGAAUCAGCUCGAGACACUGCCGCUACACUUCACCUCCAAGUGCAACGCCAAUGGCAGGCUAAGUGGCACGGCCUCAAAACACCUGCUGCUGUCUCGGAUCUGCCUCCGGAGACUCACAUCCUGUCAAACGAUCAGGCUGCUAUGCCCCCGCCUGCUCCUGUCGACAUACCUGAACCCCCUGUCUUGGAUGCUCUCCUGCAGGAUGGCUCUACUUCGCCGAGCCACGAGGCUGCUCCUCUAUAUCAGCAAUCUCAUGUGCUUGAGACACUAAGUGCCCGCAGGUGGACUGACCUCCUUGUGAAACCGGAGACCUACUCGUACCUCCAGCACCACUGCCCGCUGUGUUACCAGUGGCUAGCCACUCCUACCAGCAUCAAGUAUCAUCUCACCAUGCAACAUCCAGAGUGGAAAGAAUGCCAACCUCAGUGCACCAUGACACUCUGCGCGGAUCCCAUGGAGCUGGACGAACAGGAGAAGCAAUUUUGGGCCCAUGCCGGUCCGGUCAAACGGGAACAGGAACCACGACGAGAUGUCACGGGCUACACAAAUGGUUUCGGAAGCCAUCCACCCAAUCCCUGGACACAGACCCAGGACCUGCAGCCACUGGGAAAUCACGAUCCAGACUGGAUGGAGUACAGGAUGAAUCGACUAUCCCAGCUGGUCCUUCGUCAGGAGCAAAUCAUCUCAGCCAUCCGUCAGGACCUGGUCCUCUACCUCUUUGUACGAUCAGGGCCAGAAGGGAUGGUACCGGUUCUUUGCGAAGCAGCGGAGAAGUGGAGGAAGAUGAAAGAGGAAGAACCCGAGAAGAUUACUUACUCCCUCAAACUCAUGCUCUUCAAGCAGCUGCUCAUCACCUUACACCAGAGGUUGACCAACAUGAUUGCGGACGAGGAUGCUCUCGCCAAAGCCAAGAACCUGAACUGGAUCGACGGUCAGAAACAUUGGAAACAUCUUACAUGGAAUCCUACCAAACAAUGUCUGGAAGUCGACAACUCAGUGAGGCCAAUACCGGCGGAAGAUCUGCUGGCCCAACUGGUUCAGAUGAGGAAGGCUGUUACGGAAGAGACCCUGGUGAGGUUCAAGUCCAUGAGGAAGCUCACCACGGAGGUGACCUCCGACUGGAUUCAGUUCCAGAUCUGCAUGUCCCUUCGCCCAGAGGGAGGAGCCAUGUGGAGCACGCUGAACCAGUGGAUCGGCCAGGCAUCGUGGCACACCCUGGGCUGCAGGCUUCGCCGCGAUCGGCCGAACUACGACACCCUGGUCCAGGAAGCUGUCCUUCGAUUGAUUUUCCACAAUUCAUCGAAUUUGUGCUACCUACACUCUACCAUCUAUGCUCUUCUGUGGACAAUCCUUCAGGCUAGGCUACAUGAUGCCUGCAUCUCGCCUCCACCGCAGGCUCUUACCAUGCUGUGCCCACCAAUCACUGAGUCGCCCAAUUGCCCCAUUCAGGUACUCCACUCGGUACCGUGGCUUAUGCUGCUGCAAGCUUGGCCUUCUGUGCAUCGUCAGCAUGAUGCAGCUGAACUGCUGCAAUAUCUUCUACCCAGGUUCUCGCAUAGUGGGUUCAAUGGUGGCUGGGAGGCCCGAAACUUUGUACCUGGAGGUAUUGCCACUCUUGACAAGGGGCCUACCCAAGCUCCCAUUCCGAUUGCGCUGCCGGUAGGUCCAAGCCUGGAGCUUCAAGCAGCCAUUGAUGGGUGGAGUGCUCAGGUUACAGCUCGCUAUGCACUGCUGAGUCCGUCUCCCAUGCUCUGUAUACAACUCCAACGCUUCACAAAUGCCGAGGGAGUCAUGCGCAGGGACACCAGACCACUGGUCGUGGCCUCGACUACAGUUCGUAUGCCACUCUUUACAGGUCUGCACACAAUGCAAGUUCGCUAUGUCCACUACCAGGUCGUCGCUGUACAGCUUCACUACGGGGCCACUCCUGAUAUGGGGCAUUACAGAACUAUCCUACGAGGACAACCGCUGUUUGGAGCAGAAAAGUGGUGGAUCACUGAUGACUCCUGCAACGCAAAGCCAGUCAGUACAGAACACGAUGACAACAUAUAUAUAGUGUGGCUACGUCAGGUACUACCUCCUGGUGCCUGA